AUAGUCUCCAAUAAUUGUUUACUCACAUUCAAAAUCUGAUUGAUUUAACUACGUUUCCAUUAUUAUUGUUUAUUCUGCAACUUGAUCGCUUGAAAAUGUUUUAUCUCACACUAUUCCACUCUUGUCAUCUGGUUAUUCCGAUCGAAGAUAAUUUUGAAAAUGGGCUCAGAAAAUUGUUUAUCUAUUCUACUUUUUGUUUGUGUAGUUAAUGUAACUAUUAUGUCAGAUGAGUGCAAAAAAAACGUCUUUCAUGAAGAUUUAUUUGGAAGUGCUUUUGUAGACCAGAAUGAAUCUGCAGGAAGUGAUUCUGAUGGCAUCAGCGAUAGCGUUGUGGGGAAUGUCAGUAAAUUAUUAGCUAUACCCAAUGGAUACACUGGAAAAUUAAGAAAAGGCCAUCUAAUCUUCGACGCAUGUUUCGAAAGUGGAAAUCUUGGAAAGGUUGUGUACGUCAGUGAAUACGAGUAUGAUUUAUUUAUACGUCCGGAUACAUGUAAUGCACGAUUCAGAGUAUGGUUUAAUUUCACAGUGGAAAACACUAAAUAUGAACAGAGAGUAAUUUUCAAUGUGGUAAAUUUUAGCAAGACAAAGUCUUUAUAUCGAGAAGGUAUGUCCCCAGUUGUUAAAUCGUCUAGCCGUCCUUCCUGGUCUCGCAUUCCACAAAAAUGUGUUUUCUACUACCGAUCACCUGAACAAAAGAAAAAAUACGUUAUGUCUUUCGCAUUUUCCUUUGAUUGUGAAGAGGACGUCUAUCAAUUCGCGUACUGUUAUCCGUAUACUUACAGCAGACUACAGACGUACUUAGAGAUACUAGAAACUAAACAUUAUGCCCAUUUCAAGAGAGAACUUUUGGGCCUGACAGUACAACAAAGACGUCUAGAUCUUAUAACAAUUACUCAUCCUAGUAAUCUCAAUAAAACGGCUGACAAGAAACGUGUGAUAUUUGUGACCGCUCGUGUUCAUCCUGGUGAAACACCAUCAUCUUAUGUUUGCCAAGGAUUUAUUGAUUUCAUGGUUAGUAAUCAUUCGAUAGCUCAACAAUUACGUGAACAUUUAAUUUUUAAAAUUGUUCCAAUGUUAAAUCCAGAUGGUGUUUAUUUGGGAAAUUAUAGAUCAUCUUUAAUGGGAUUCGAUUUAAAUAGACAAUGGCAGUCUCCAUCCUUAUGGGCACAUCCUACUAUUUAUGCUACAAAACAAUUGUUAAUGAAUUUGGACAAUAAUCCAUUCAUCGAUGUGAAUUUCUUCAUUGAUAUACAUGCACACUCUACACUAAUGAAUGGAUUUAUGUAUGGAAAUAUAUAUGAGGAUGAAAAACGAGCAGAAAGGCAAGCUAGAUUUCCAAGUUUGUUAAGUCAGUUUGCUGAAGACUUUAGUUUACCACAGACAAAUUUCAAUAAAGAUACUUUAAAAGCUGGAACUGGUCGACGCACAUUGGGUGGUAUUCUGGACGAUCGCACUAUUUGUUAUACAUUAGAAGUUUCAUUUUACAGUUACACAAAUAUGUUAACCAAUGAAAUGAUUCCGUAUACUGAAGAAAAGUAUGCUCGACUAGGCAGAAAUUUAGCUAGAACAUUUUAUGAAUAUUAUUCAAAUGAAGGUAUUUUAUGUAACAUGUCGUCGUCAUCUAGAGUUGAUUCAAUUCAUUCACCUGGUAAUAUUUCGAUAUCAAGCUAUUCCUUACAUAAUAACCAUAAUUUAUCAAAUGUCAAUUUAGAGGAUAACCACAGUCAACAUCAUCACAGUAAUGAUGUAAAGAAUUAUGGAAUAAAUAAAGAAUCAAUCGUCCAACCCACGUCAUCUAAAGACUGUUUAGAAGAUAGACUAAAAUAUAAUUAUGACCAGUUAAAAAGAUUAAAUCAGACAUUGAAUUCCUUAAGUUGUUGUACAAUAUCAGAUUCAUUCUCAGCAAAUGCACAUUCAUUGAGAUCAACAUCAAAAGAUAAGAGCUGA